UGCUCGGUGGUAUUCUCACGAUGUUUGUGCGUGCCUGGCACGACUGCCGUCCCACUGUCGCGUUCGCCGUCCCCGUCAUCGCGUGAGAGGGUCCCGCGGACACCACGGUGCGAUAGCGUCCGCGACACACCACCGACCGUGCCGUCCGACAUCAGCCGCGAUAUGUCAAGUCAAAUAUGUCUAAAGUGGAACAGUUUCCUCAGCAAUAUCGCGACCAGCUUCGAGAGCCUGUGGGAGGAAGAGGGUCUGGUGGACGUGACCCUCGCCAGUGACGGACAGUGUCUCACGGCGCACAAGGUGAUACUAUCGGCCAGCAGUCCCUUCUUCAAGAAGGUCUUCCAGACGAACCCAUGUCAACAUCCUGUUAUAAUUCUUCAGGAUGUACAUUUUAGUGAAUUGGAGGCAUUACUUAUAUUUAUAUAUAAAGGAGAGGUAAAUAUUGAGCAGAAGAAUUUACCAGCACUCUUAAAAGCAGCAGAAACAUUGCAAAUUCGGGGCUUGUCUGGUGGAGAUAUCUUUGCAAAGGAGUCCUAUAAACGAUUAGCUGAAUUAGAACAGGCUGUAGCCGAAGAUGUACCGCUGACUAAAGAAGAGACAUCUAAAAAAAAGCAAAAAGUUGGCAAACAACAGAAUAAUUCUAUAUUGGAGAAAGCUUUAACACCUAGAAUACCGCAAUCAGAGAACACAAAUGAAUCCGCGACCAGUGAUCAAAGCGGGAAGGAUGGAGAGUACAUGUUGCCUGAAACAUUACCAAAUCCAGUAUAUCAUCGUUUGGAGAUGAAAAUAGAACCAUUGGAAAUGACAGUAGAUGAUAUCCAAAAGCGGUCUCCAUUAGAGAAGGAUCCAGCAGAAAGGCUAGAUACAGGACAAGCAGAUGGGAAUCAAGGAUCGUUGAAACCGAUUGUGACAGUGAUAGCCGAAGCUCGCAAUACUUCUCCAGACCCGCAAAUGCAUAACAAAGAUCCGCUCGCAGUUGAACAGAGUUCGCUGUGGAAUGUCACGAAAAUAUUAGAGGAUUCGCCAUCUGAUUCAUCGAAUCGUCUUCGUAUCGAACAUGCGUUAGAUCAACCGAAAUCCUCGAAUUCCUUUAUGAAACGCAAUCCUGGAGCUUCGCAGCCCGAGAAUUUCUCCGCAUUCACCGAAUCCUACGGUACAGAUUUAUCGGACGAAACUAUAAAAAAUGGACCGGCAUAUCCGCCGUUUCCCUGUCCCUUCUGCGACAGAGCAUACACGAGUUGGGGUUUCCGCAGAAGACAUAUAAAAGCCGUUCACACCAUCUCUCCAUCUCUUAAUUGCAAGUGGUGUUUACAAAUUCUUCCGACACAUGCGGCUUGGAGACGCCAUGUAAUAUCGGCGCAUAAUCUAUCGGCCAGUGACGCACACAACGGUCUCUUAAUCCUAGAAGAAGCACACAUGGUUCUCCAAAUAGCGCAUCCUACUAGAUUGGAUACAUUGGUUAACAUUAUUAAGCAGAGUUCCCAACAAAACUGUAAUCAUGAUAACGCACACACUCAACCGGAUAAAGAUUAGGUAAAUGUUAUCAGUCAGUAUUUACAGUUUUUGUAUCCAAGACUUGUUAUUAUGACUUUUAAUUUUGUUCUAAUUCUUGACAUUGUCAAUGAGAUUAUUAACGAAUAUAAUGGCAAUGAAUACUAUAUAGUCUAUAUAAAGAUCAAACUGUGUGUGUUCAAGCAAAUGCAAAUUUAUCUUCUUAUAUCCAAAAAUUGUAAAUGGUUAUAAAUUAAAAUGUAUUUUUAUUAUAUACAUGUAUGUAUAUAUAUUAGAAAUACAUACAUACAUAUAAAUGUUAUAUAUAAGAUAUUUUAAUAUAUUUUGUUCAUGAUUAUGUGAACAAAGACGUACAUUGUAUAAUUUUUUUUAUUGCUGUUUUUAUAUGAUGUUCUCUCUAACUCUCAAAAACGGCAUCUUAAAUAUUAUUUAUUAAGAAUGAAUGCAUAAAGAUAGAUGGCAAAAUAAUAUACGUUUUCAUAUAUAUAAACUACUGUGAUAUAUGUAUAGACAAAUUAUUAUCUUUAUGUGAAUUAUUUCACAUCAGUAUUUUUAUAUUUUU